UGUUUAGCCAAAUAGAAUUCCAGACAAAAGCAAUCUAUCAACAAUAUGGGUUGGCUGCUAUACCAUUCGUGAUUUGCACUUUGCGUUGCACUUGAGGUUGGACAAGAACUGUCUGCAAUUGCAACAAAGUAUCUAAAACGUAUAUUUUGCAACAAAGAGGACAAUGGCAACAUCCGUGAAAUUGAACACCGGUGCAGACAUGCCCAUUCUCGGUCUCGGGACGUGGAAGUCCCCUCCAGGUAAAGUAACUGAUGCGGUGAAAGCGGCCAUAGCUGCAGGUUACAAGCACAUCGAUGGGGCCUUCAUCUACCAGAACGAGACAGAGGUGGGAGAGGGCAUUCAUGCCAUGGUCAAGGAGGGGGUGGUGAAGAGAGAGCAGCUCUUUGUGGUCAGCAAGCUGUGGUGCACAUUCCAUGGGAAGUCUAUGGUGAAAGAAGGCUGUCAGAAGACUCUCAGUGAUCUCAAACUCGACUACCUGGAUCUUUACCUGAUACACUGGCCCAUGGGUUUUCAGCCUGGUGAAGCCCUCUUCCCUACGGACAGCAAUGGAAAUAAUAUCGAUGAUGGGUCCAAAUUCCUGGAGACAUGGGAGGGUAUGGAGGAGCUGGUGGAUGCUGGUCUGGUCAAGGCUAUCGGUGUCUCCAACUUUAACAAAGACCAGAUUGAAUCCAUCCUAAACAAGCCAGGCCUCAAGUAUAAACCUGCCAACAACCAGGUUGAAUGCCACCCUUACCUGAACCAGGAGAAGUUGAUCAACUACUGUCACUCUAAGGGCAUCUCUGUGACAGCCUACAGCCCCCUGGGUUCCCCAGACAGACCAUGGGCCAAACCAGAGGACCCUUCUCUGCUGGAUGAUCCCAACAUCAAGGCCAUCGCUGAGAAGCACAAGAAGACCUCUGCACAGGUCCUGAUCCGCUUCCAUAUUCAACGGAACACGAUUGUGAUUCCCAAGUCUAUCACCCCCACACGUAUUCAGGAGAAUUUCAAGGUUUUUGACUUUGUGUUGAGCGACGAGGAAAUGAAGACCAUUCUGGGCUUCAACAGGAACUGGAGAGUCUGCCCAAUGACAGGGAGCAUGAAGCACAAGGACUACCCCUUCAAUGCUGAAUUUUAGGGAAACAGGGAUUCAGUUUCAUCUGGUGCUGUGGCUUGCUUGAGAUGUCUGGCCUCUCUGGUCUCAUUUCAUUCUUAUUUCUCCCUUUAAGACAGUGUGCAUAAAUGACCAUCCUUGAGCUAGUUUCUAGCGAUUUAAAGACUGUGAUUUAGUAUCUGUGUGUUGCAGUAUUGUAUUUCUCAUGACAUAUACACUCUGGCCUAUAUUGUUGCCUUCUAGCCUAAUACACAAUAGUAAUUAUUUUUCAACAAUCAUGGAAACAUAAUUUGACAUAGGAUCUAUAUUAGUGAAGUAUAAAAAAAAUAAAAAAUCUUGAGAGUUGGGUUACUGGUUUGGUAGGAAAUCUGGAGCCUUGGAUCUGCUAACGCACAAUAGGGUUUGUGGCUUGUCACAUGACCCAGUUUGUUUGUGUCUCUUUCGAUUUGAGUCUAAUGGUCUCUCAGACAUUUUCAUCAAUGAGCCUCCACAUUUAAAGGCCAUAUAAUAACCAUAUGACUUUAAAGAAUGUAUGUUAAGCAUAAGAAUUCAUAGUUCAACCAUAUGAGCUGGGUAUGUCAUACCUGGUCUUACUGAAGUCAGUUACAUAAAUAUCACAGUGGUACAUGGACAUUGUAUGUGAUGUACAGUAUUACAUAUCAACUGAGAUAUUUCAUUUAAAUACAUCGGUUUUGAUUUUUAAAAAUGGUCAAAGGGUGAAACAUUGGCAUAUAGAAAUAUAGACAUAGCUUAUCAUAAUAGUACAUUGAUCUAUGUCAUUAAGAUAUUUUGUUGAACACCCCUUCCCUCAAAUGCCUAGUCAUAGGAGCCCUUUGGCCUAGAAUGAAUCAUCCACACUCCUGCCUUACAGGAUGAUAAUGCACUAGUCACAGACUUUGAUUCGUAUGAUACUGUUGUGAAAUUCCCAGUUCCCUUUUGUGAACAGUUUAAAAAACCAAAUUAUAAUAGCUUUCUCUGCUUCAA